AUGUGUUCGUCCUCUGAUUCUAUUAUUCUUCCUGGACCACCUAGCCGAAGCAACUUAUCUGCUGCCGACCUCAACCCCUCCGGCCUGCUCGCGUUUGCUUCUGGUCCUGGUGUUUCUCUUGUCGACUCACAGUCUCUGCAGCUCAUUUCUACUGUCUCUCUCCCUUCCCCUCUCACCUCUGUAAAUCCUACAGUUACCUCUCUUCGGUGGGCUCCUAUUCCACUCCGGCGUGAUCCCUUCUCCUCUGAUCUCCUCAUCGCUGUGGGUGAUCAACUUGGUCGCAUCGCUCUUGUUGACUUUCGCGUCCCUUCUGUCCGCCUAUGGCUUGAACAAAACUGUGACAAUGCUAGAGGAAAGAUCAUCGGCUACUGCGGAGUGCAGGAUCUUUGUUGGGUAUUGGCUCUGCCGGGAUCCUAUAUAGUUGCUGCCAUUUCCGGCUCAUCUUUACUCACGCUUUACACGGAUUCCGGACAUGUGUUCUGGAAAUAUGACGCAUCUCCUGAGUUCAUAUCCUGCAUUCGUUGUGAUCCCUUCGACUCCCGCCAUUUCUGCGUUCUCGGCCUCAAAGGGUUUCUUCUCUCCAUUAAACUUGUUGGAAUCACUGAAAAUGAUGUUGCUUCCAAGGAGUUUCACAUCCAAAUGGAUAGCACCGAUUUACAGAAGCUAGAACGUGAAGUCGUUGUUAAUAGUAGUCAAUCUUCAUCAGCCGUUUUCCCUUUUUGUUCUGCAAAAUUCUCUUUCUCACCACACUGGAAACACAUCAUCUUCGUCACCUUUCCUAGAGAGCUUGUCGUGUUUGAUUUGCAAUACGACGCAACACUCUAUGUAGUUGCUUUACCUCGUGAGUACGCCAAGUUUGUAGAUGUUUUGCCUGACCCAAGCCAAGAGUUUUUGUACUGCCUUCACUUUGAUGGCAGGCUCAGCAUUUGGAGGAGACAAGAAGGGAAACAGGUCCAUCUCUUAUGUGGAAUCGAAGAGUUGAUGCCAGCAAUAUGUAAUCUUGCACCAUUACCCUCUCUUCUGUCUCUUUUAAUCUCUCAGUUGGACUCAACCCUCCAAAACAUUAGGAAGAUCCAUUCAGAUCCUGUUUUGGAUGCUUCAAAGGUCGAUGAUUCUUUUUAUUUCGGUGAUGAUGCAUUUCUUUGGUUUAAGACACAUUUUAUAUCUAUUUCUGAUGAUGGUAAAAUAUGGAGUUGGAUUUUGAGUGUCAAAAAAGAUAAAGAUUCUAAUCGUCAUAGUAAUGAUGACAAGCGACUAAAGAGCUCAACUGAGACUUCUUUUGAGGUAUAUGGCGAAAUCAGAAACAUCACUAUCUCUUUAGUUGGACAACUGCAGCUUCUCUCGGCAACAGUGACUAUUCUUGCGGUACCAACCCCUUCAAUGACAGCAACAUUGGCUCGUGGAGGGAACUCUCCUGCUGUGGUAGUACCUCUCGUAGCUUUGGGAACUGAAGCUGGCACAAUUGAUGUUGUUGAUGUGUCUGCAAACGCGGUAGCAGCAAGUUUCUCUGCACACACCUGCCGUAUCAGGGGUUUAAAAUGGCUAGGAAAUUCGAGACUCGUUUCAUUCUCUUGUAGUCGGGUGAGUACACGAACAGGCGGAUAUAUUAAUAGGCUCGCAGUAACAUGUCUUCGGAGUGGCGUUAGUAAAGGCUUUCGAGUUUUGCAAAAGCCAGAGCGAGGUCCUAUAAGAGCUCUAAAGGUUUCAUCUUCUGGGAGGUAUCUUCUUAUUUUGUUCCGUGGUGAUCCAGUAGAAGUGUGGGCAAUGGCUAAAAGUCCGCUGAUGAUUAGAUCACUAACUCUUCCGAUCACCGUUUUGGAAUGGACGCUUCCAGCUAUUCCAAAUUCAUCUAAAAAAUGCCUCUCCAAAAAGCCUUCAAUCUCUUCUAACCAAGACACAAAUGCCACAUCAAUUGUCACUGGAACUCCAAAACCAACAGAUUUUAAAGUUGGCACUACUGAUGGACAUCCCCAAGAUGAUACUUCUGAAAGUUUUGCAUUCGCACUAGCCAAUGGUGCACUUGGCGUUUUUGAAGUUUAUGGACGAAGAAUUCGAGAUUUCAGACCGAAAUGGCCAGAAGCUUCUUUCAAUACUUUCGAUGGGUUUAUUACUGCUAUAGCAUAUCGCGUGCCUCAUGUUGUCACAGGUGAUAAGUUAGGAAACAUACGGCGGUGGGAUGUAACUUCUGGUAAUUCGUCGUCGUUCAACACAUGCAAAGAAGGAAUAAAGACGAUCAAGUUUUCACCCAUCUAUCCUGACAGUAUUAGCAGAGGACGGAUCAUUGUGCUAUUUUUUGACAACACAUUCUCCUUCUACGAUUUUGAUUCGCCGGAUAUAUUAGCCAUUUCCGUUAUGCGGCCUCAAAUACCUGGCACGCUUAUACUUGAACUUGAUUGGUUGGCCCUGCGAACUAGCCGAUUUGACUCCCUUGUAUUGUGUGUAGUUGGAACCGAUGGUAGCUUUCGCCUGGUCGAGGUCCUUGUAAAUGAAAAAUUGACAACCCAAAUAUCCUACGCAAAACCUCCCAGGGAAAAAUAUCGUCCAGUGCCUUUAUGCACUCCUAUGCUACUUCCUGUAUCGCAUGCCUUGGCAUUGCGGAUGAUCUUACAACUAGGUGUAAAUCCAUCUUGGUUCAACACAUCUAGUCAAUGUGUUGGAAAACGAUCAAAUUCUGUUCCAGAAAGAACUUCGUCUCCUAAAGAUCUUAGGAAUUCCAUGAUUGAUUUCCCCCCAAUCGGUGACCCUGCCGUGAUAGAAAUAUUGCUUAAAGUACUAGAACCAUAUCGUUUAGAAGGCUGCCUACUAGAUGAUGAGAAAGUAAAACUGUACUCCAGUCUAGUAAAUAAAGGUUAUGCUGCAAGAUUUGCAUUCACGUCUGCAAUUUUUGGAGAAACUUCCGAGGCAUUUUUCUGGUUAAAGCUGCCUUGUGCUAUGAACUAUGAAGACAAUAGAAUUACAAGCAAGGUUUCGACGAAGCAUUUUGAAGAAGCAACUAUGCUAAAUAAAAUUACAUUAAAGGGACCAUCAGCUUCAGGAUUCGAGAAAUUUGGUUCUCUGAGUGAAGGUCAGCUCAAACUACUGGCUUUUGAACAAAAAGAAUUAUGGUUAUGCGCUAAUGAACGAAUCCCGUGGCACGAAAAUCUGGGAGGGGAAGAGGCCAUUCAGAACCGAGUACACGAACUUGUAUCAGUUGGAAACUUGGAAGGUGCAGUGAGUUUGUUACUCUCCACUUCUCCAGAUAGCUGUUAUUUCUAUCCAAAUGCCCUGCGUGCUGUUGCUUUAUCUUCUGACGUGUCCAAAUCCCUCGUUGAGUUAGCGGUAAAGGUAAUUGCAGCCAACAUGGUAAGACCAGAAAGAUCACUUUCUGGAACUCAUCUUCUCUGCUCAGUUGGAAGAUACCAAGAAGCGUGCUCCCAGUUACAAGAUGCUGGUUGCUGGAUCGAUUCUGCUACAUUGGCAGCUACACAUUUAAAUGGAUCUGACUAUGCAAGGUUGUUGCAGAGGUGGGCAAAACACAUCAUGCAAACUGAACAUGACCUUUGGAGGGGUUUGAUGCUAUAUCUAGCAAUAGGAGCAUUUAAGGAAGCUCUAGCAGCAUUUCGCAAUGCUGAGCAGCCUGAGACAGCGGCUAUUUUCAUUUUAGCCUGCCAAGAAACUCUAGCAAACAGUUGGAGCAUUGAUGAUGACAAUGAAGAUGUGAUUGCAGUUACUAAACUCUACGAGCUGUAUCAGGAGAAGCUGGUGCAUCUAUGCAUGGAUUCACCACCUUUUUUUCACUAA